AUGUCUGUUACGUCCAUGUUGGUGCUGGCAAAGCGUGGACUUGGUUUCACAAUACAUGUCCUGAAGGUGGUUGAAUCCGAAGCUUGCCAGCAGCCAGAGUGGCCUGAAAAUGGAGGCGAGUGGAGUGAAGAGGAGGGCGAGAGCAGCAUGGACUGUGGCCUCUUGCAGGCCAUGGCGGAGGACGACGAGGACAUCAAUGUCCACAACGAGGAGACUUUCGGCAUGGACGUCAAUGAACAGGAGACUGCGGAUAGCCCCAAUAGUCUCCUCCAGUUCCAGGACCUACCGCCGCGUCCUCAGACGCCACCGCCGGAACUCCAACCAUCGUCGCCUCCGGGCUCACCCUCGCCUCCUCGACGGAUACCCCAGUACAUGCGACGAGGGCAAAGGAGAGUGCCAGGCAGGGGUCAGAUUUUUGAAGACCCCGCCGUGAUGAGGAUUGUGGAGGGGCGCCCAAGUCUAAAGAGUCAGGAUAGUGCCAUCGUGGAUUGCGGGAAGAUCAUGUUUCACCCUACAUUUGACGACUGGGUGGCGCCGUCUUACAGAAAAACCAGAAGGCUCUCUGGAUCCAUACUCCAGGAUAGCGCUAUAGUGUGUGUGAUUGAGGGCCACGCAGACAGAGGGCAGCACCUGACCGCUGACUUCCUAGAGCCUGCUUCCUGCUUCAGGGGGCGGAGAGGAGCGGAGCCCAGGGGUCCCUACUCGAGGCAGCACUUUGGCCCCAGAGGCCCGUCACCGGCAGAGAACUCUUUUUGGAUGCCGGGUCCCGCUUUCUCACGGCAACCGCUAACGCCAAGGCAGCACUUCAAUCAGAUAGGAGGAUUCGGUUAUCCCUCCAUCCGACCGUGCCCGGCCGCCCCCAAAAUGAUGCACCUUCAAUUCGGCCCCAACUCGCCUAGGCCGUCCCACUUCUACAGCCCCUCGUCCAAUCCGGUGCAACACUUCAGAUACCCCGGCCCAGUCACGCAGCUCCAUCCGCAACAUAAACGUUUACUUAACCAGAAACCCCGUACGUUCCAGAGAAAAACAGAUGGUCAAGAUCCUUACUGCAAUCUAAUGACUGCCAAGGAGAAGGAAUGGAUCAUCCGGCUGCAGAUGAUCCAGCUGCAAAGCGACAAUCCGUUCCUUGACGAUUACUACUACCAGGAGUACUACAGACGACUGGAAGCCAAGCUGGCAGAAGAGGAGCUGGGCAUCAGGAGUAAGAGGGAGACCCCCAAACUGACAACCCCUUACAUCACAAAAACAGACGCGUACACACCAGUUGUGCACAUUGAAGGCUCCCUGGGUCAAGUGGCGGUGUCCACUUGCUACUCUCCUCGUCACGCCAUCAGCGCGGUUCAUGCGGUCCAAGCGCAGGGUCCCCCCGAGCCGCUGGAGCAGAAAGACACCAGACGGCAGCGACUGGAGCUUCUUAGUGAGAUUGAAAAGCUGUAUAUAGUCUUGUUAGAUGUAGAAGAGAUGAAUAGGACCAAAACCUCAGGUUUGUCGGAGUCUGAAGAGAGGAGGUUGAUGGAAACGAGACAGAGGAAAGUGGAGCACAUCUACAGCAAAAUGCAGCACUACGACGUCCUCGAUUCAGAAGAGGAUUUUCUGCCUUUUCUGGUGGUCUCCAAAGGCAAAAAACUCCUCGCCCGCAUUAUGCCGUUUGUGAAGCGCGAUCCAGCCUUAAACAUCCUGCGGAUCAUCACCUCCAACCUUCCCACACUGAUGAGCAGAGACGCGGACGAGGACCUUUCGGUUCUCUACCCUCCACUUCGAAAUGUGAUCGAAGGCUUGACCUUCAGUCAGCUGAUCGGAAUCCUACGAGUUCUGACCUCAUCGGACAUCCUGUCCACCAACGAGUGUCUGGCGCUGGUGUGCCAGAAUAAGUUCGGUCUCUCGUUACUGUACGCUUUGCUGUCACAUGGAGAAAAGUUGUUGUCCUCUGGUGUUCCGCUGGAGCCCGGCAUCGGUGACUUUGAGACAUGGACGGACACAAUCUUCCAAGUGGCAUUUCAGCUUUCGCAGUGUUCCCUCGUAGAACCGCUCCUCCUGCCCUCCAACCUUCUGCCGCUUUUUUGUCGCUACCUGGACAAGCGCACAUUGCACCAGCUCAAAAGCAACAUGGAGUCGGCCACUGGAGGUCUGGCGCUCCCGUCCUGA